UAUAUUACUUGAUAGUACCCUCUUCCUCUACAAGCAAUCUCCUCAAUUAUCUCAUCUUCAUCUUUCAUAUAGUUUCCAAAGUUAGUAUUAUAAUUCAACCCCAAAAGAGCAAGAGAAAAUGUCACACCAUCAUGAAUCAUCAACUAUCAACAUCCAGGAGCCAAUAAAGUCAGAGGCAAGAGGCAAGUUUGGGGCCAUGAAAGUUGUUAAAGCUAUGGGAUCAUCAGGAGGUGGAGCCUUAAAAAGAGGGCUCGCCAUUUUCGACUUCAUCCUGAGACUUGCUGCUUUAGCUGCUGCUCUUGGUGCUACUAUUGCCAUGGGAACCAGCGACCAAACCCUCAAUUUCUUCACCCAAUUUUUCCAGUUUCGUGCUAGAUAUGAUGAUCUCCCUGCUUUCUCAUUUUUUGUGGCUGCAAAUGCAGUGGCAAGUGGAUACCUAGUCCUUUCCUUGCCAUUCUCUAUAGUCAGCAUAGUGAGGCCACAGGCUUCAGGGGUGAGGAUGCUACUCAUAAUCUUCGACACGAUAGCAGUAGCACUUAUAUCAGCAGGUGCAGGAGCAGCAGCAGCUAUAGUGUACUUGGCACACAAGGGAAACAACAAGAUCAACUGGGCGGCUAUUUGUCAACAGUUUGGCAGUUUCUGCGAGCGUGUUAGUGGAGCUGUUGUUGCGUCCUUCAUUGCAGCUUUCAUCUUCAUUCUCCUCGUUUUCAUCUCUGCUGCCUCCCUUAAGAAAAACUAAUUGUUUCUCAAGCCUUGAAUAUAUUCAUCUUUUUAUGACAAAUCAAAUGUAUUUUUCUUAUUAUGUUUAAUUUGUACCUUCUUUUUCUUCUUUUUAAAUUUAAUUAUGAAAUGGAUUUGAAUUUGCAUCAA